UACGAUACCCUAGUUUAUCCAGGAAAUUCCUAAUACGCUUCACACUAUCGCUCAUUCGCUCUUUGCAUCUGAAGAGCGAGGAGCUCUUGAAUCCCAAGGUUCGCUUCUCCUAACUAACACCGCCUCCCUUCUGGUUUCCAUAGCGGAUUUUGAAGCGAAGCUGAAGAUUUGAUAUGGAGGAGGUUGAAGUUUUCCAGGAGGCAAUGGAGCCAAAAGAUCAUUUGGAUGAUCAGGAAGUAAAGGACAAUCAUGGAGAUGCUGUUGUUGAUAAAGGAGAUGAUGCUGCCACAGUUAAUGCUUCCCCUUUAACUGUGCUUGAUGAAGCUCCUAGUGCUGCACAGAAUACGGAUAAAUUUGAGGAGUCUAUUGGGGUUGCUGAGGAAUCUGCCCAAGACAAUGAGAAGGUUGAACUAGUUGCUAGCGAUGAGGUGGGCAAAGUUGGGCAGGAACCACCUGAUAGUGUUCAUCUAGAUGGAGUUGAUUCUGGAGGAACUGGAAGAGAAGUAUCUUGUGAUGAAUCUUCCAAUAUCAUUGAUGAUGGUUUACAAAGGAGUGAGUUAAAUGGCGUACAGGAGCAGUCUGACUUAAAUACUGACGAAGAGACAGUUGCUCAGGAGAAUGGUGCCAUGGUGGAUGUAGACUCUGGUUUAGUCAGUGAGAAGUCUGAAGAUGAGGAUUCUGGAUUUGUGACCCCAAGAGAAAAUGGUGGUGUAAUCUGGGAAAACAGGAGCACAGAGAAGGUAGAUGAUGUUGUUCCUGAGCCCAAUACAGAAUCUGAAUUCAAUAAGAUGUCAAACCAGGAUUUUGAUGCUGGGGAUUUGAAGGAGAGUAACUUUGAUCCUGAAUUCAGAGGCAACAACACAAAAGAACAGUUGAAUGCUUCAGCUAUGCCUUAUAGCGAAUCUCAAGAUAAUGCAGGUGAAGAAGUACAUGAAAAUUCAGCACUUAGAAAUUCUGAACUUCCAGAGGAAGUGAUUACAGAUUUGAAGGAUAAUACCCUUGACAUCGAUAUAAACAAUGAGGGUACAGCUGGUGAUGAAAUUAGUUCAUCUUUUGGUCAGAGUACCAAAUGCAAAGAUUACAACAAUGUUGAUGCUAAUGAUAGUAAAGCUGGAUCAGAUUCAGAGGACCAGGAAGCAGUUGGUGAAAUAGGAGGAACUUCUCCCGACAUACAUGACGCCAUGGAGGAUAGGGAACUGAUACAAGCUACUGGAAGCUCAUCCUCAUUGCAAAAUUCUACUGCUGAUGAGAUACCAGUUCAGAUUACUGCAGCUGAUUUAAAAGGUCUUAAGGAUGACCGAUCUCAGGUUUCUGCUGUAGAUAAUCAUGGAGAUCAAGGAUUAUCAUCUGUGGCCGGGGAGCAUGAAAAGAUACAGGAGAUCAAUGCAAAAGAGAAGGAAACCACUCAGGCCACUAGAGACCAAAACAGUGAGGUUGCCUCCUCAUCUGGAAAGCCUGUUGCUGCUAGCAACCCUCCAGUUCGUCCAGCUGGCCUUGGUCGUACAGCACCAUUAUUGGAACCUACCCCAAGGACAGUGCCACAGCCUCGUACAAAUGGCACUGUAUCUAAUACACAGUCCCGACAAACGGAAGAUUCCUCAAACGGUGAGACUGAGGAGUAUGACGAGACUCGUGAGAAGCUUCAGAUGAUUAGGGUAAAAUUUUUACGGUUGGCUCAUAGGCUUGGGCAGACACCCCAUAAUGUUGUUGUAGCACAGGUUUUAUAUAGACUGGGCCUGGCUGAGCAACUCAGGGGGCGGAAUGGUGGUCGAGUUGGUGCAUUUAGUUUUGAUCGUGCAAGUGCAAUGGCUGAGCAACUUGAAGCAGCAGGUCAGGAGCCACUUGAUUUCUCUUGUACAAUAAUGGUUCUUGGAAAGACAGGAGUUGGUAAGAGUGCAACAAUCAAUUCUAUAUUUGAUGAGGUUAAAUUUAAUACUGAUGCUUUUCAAACUGGAACAAAAAAGGUUCAGGAUGUUGUGGGAACAGUGCAGGGCAUUAAGGUACGUGUGAUAGAUACACCAGGACUUUUACCUUCCUGGUCUGACCAACGACAUAAUGAGAAGAUUCUGCACUCUGUCAAGCGCUUUAUUAAUAAAACACCACCAGAUAUUGUGCUCUAUCUUGAUAGGUUAGACAUGCAGAGCCGUGAUUUUAGUGAUAUGCCACUAUUGCGCACAAUUACUGAGAUGUUUGGACCUUCAAUAUGGUUCAAUGCUAUUGUUGUUCUGACUCAUGCAGCAUCUGCUCCUCCUGAUGGCCCAAAUGGUACUGCUUCCAGUUAUGACAUGUUUGUCACACAGCGCUCUCAUGUUGUGCAGCAAGCCAUUCGUCAAGCAGCUGGAGAUAUGCGUCUAAUGAAUCCUGUAGCAUUGGUGGAGAACCACUCUGCAUGCAGAAUAAAUAGGGCUGGCCAGAGAGUGUUGCCUAAUGGCCAGAUUUGGAAGCCUCAUCUGUUACUCUUGUCUUUUGCCUCAAAAAUUCUGGCUGAAGCAAAUGCCCUUCUAAAGUUACAAGAUAGUCCACCUGGAAAGCCUUACACUGCUCGAGCAAGAGCACCACCUUUACCAUUUCUUUUGUCAUCCCUUCUUCAGUCAAGGCCACAAUUAAAGUUGCCAGAGGAGCAGUUUGGUGAUGAGGACAGUCUUGAUGACGACCUUGAUGAGUCAUCUGAUUCUGAUGAUGAAACAGAACCUGAUGACUUGCCACCAUUUAAACGUUUGACGAAGGCCCAGGUGGGACAAUUGUCUAGAGCUCAGAAAAAGGCAUAUUUUGAUGAGUUGGAGUACCGAGAAAAAAUUUUUAUGAAGAAACAAUUGAAGGAAGAGAAAAAGCAACGGAGGAUGUUGAAGAAAAUGGCAGAAUCAACAAAGGAGCUGCCAAGUGAUCCUAACGAAAAUGUUGAAGAUGAAAGUGGUGGUGCAGCUUCUGUUCCUGUUCCCAUGCCAGAUUUGGCCUUGCCGGCUUCUUUCGAUUCUGAUAAUCCCACUCAUCGGUAUCGGUAUCUUGAUUCAUCCAAUCAGUGGCUUGUAAGACCUGUCCUAGAAACUCAUGGAUGGGAUCAUGAUGUGGGUUAUGAAGGAUUAAAUGUAGAAAGAUUGUUUGUUCUUAAAGAGAAGAUGCCAUUAUCUUUCAGUGGUCAGGUUACCAAGGAUAAAAAGGAUGCUAAUGUUCAAAUGGAAGUUGCCACUUCUCUUAAGUAUGGAGAAGGGAAAGCAACUUCGUUAGGCUUUGAUAUGCAGACUGUUGGGAAGGACUUAGCUUAUACAUUGCGAAGUGAGACAAAAUUUAGUAACUUCAGGAGAAAUAUGGCUACUGCUGGUCUCUCAUUUUCUCUCCUGGGUGAUGCCCUGUCAGCUGGAGUUAAAGUUGAAGACAAAUUUGUUGCCAGUAAACGAUUCAAGGUGGUUAUUGCUGGUGGUGCAAUGGCAGGGCGUGGUGAUGUUGCCUAUGGUGGCAGUUUGGAGGCCCAUUUGAGAGAUAAAGAUUAUCCUCUUGGGAGGUCUUUGUCAACACUGGGGCUUUCUGUUAUGGACUGGCAUGGUGAUCUUGCUGUUGGUUGCAAUUUACAAUCACAAAUCCCAGUUGGUCGGUAUACAAACCUUGUUGCCAGGGCCAAUUUGAACAACCGAGGUGCAGGACAAGUCAGCAUUAGGUUAAAUAGUUCAGAGCAGCUUCAAAUUGCUUUGAUUGGUCUCAUCCCUCUACUUAAGAAGAUGGUUGGUUAUCCUCAACAAUUGCAGUUUGGACAAUGAUGAUGAUGAUGAUAAUGUUAGGGUUCUCAAGCUGCACGACUUGCAGGAUAACAUCAACUCUUCUGUGGUGGCUUGUGUUUCACGCGGUUGUUGCAGUCUUACAAUAUAUCUCUUCCUAGUGAAGAUUUUAAUUUUUAAAUAUUGCUGGGCAGAGGAUUAUGCAAGAAGUACUGGGUGUGAUGGAUUGUGCUCAUGUUAAGGUUGUUGGUGCAAGCGAUAUCGCACAUUAGAGUUAGCUGUGUUCCUUAUAGCUCUAUGAUGUAUUAAGCAAAUAUGUUUUGAUCGUAUCUUAAAUCAGAAGUCGCUGGUUUUGUAAGAUUUUUUGCUCGUGUUUAUAGCUAUGCAGGAAGUAUGUUGUCGAUGCAAAGAUUCGCUAUAUAAAUUAUGCUUUGAUCGAAUGGCAUAUGUGCAAAUCCAUGAUAAUAAAUGAGAUGUUCAGAGUAUGGUUGUGUUA